UGCAAAGUUAUAACUAUUGAAAUGAAUUUUGCCUUUCAAUUUUCAUGGAUUUCAGGGUUAUUGGCCAAGAAGGUCACAUGGCAGCAACUAGUGACGAAAGUGAGAUAAUAGCCACUCGAACUAGAGAUUCUUCGCUAACUAUUCUAUAGCGCGAAAACGGUACAGUUCGUGAUUUAGGCGACUGGAAAGCCUUUGCGUCGAUUCGCCGGCGGAACGAAGGGAGAGAAAAGAGAUGAGAGGAGCGUUUCUCUACAGAACCGCUUCGUCGGCGAAUCUGAAGAGCAGAGCUCGUACAGCAACCGCCGCCGGAGCAGCCUACAAGCUCCUCGCAUCCGCUUCAUUGAGCACGGGCUACGACGGGGAGGAAGGAGGACUGCCUAGCGCUUCCAAGGUCAAGAUUUUCGAUCGGGAACUCAAGCGGAGACAACGCGAUCGAGCUGCUUGGCUGUCGACGUCGAAAGAUCCUUUUGCAGAUGCGGUCGCUGAGAAUCUACUCGAUCGUUUGGAGGAUUGUAAGAAGACAUUUCCGACUGCAUUAUGCUUAGGAGGUUCAUUAGCAGCUAUCAGACGCCAAUUACGCGGGCAAGGGUCUAUUGAAAAGUUGAUUAUGAUGGACACGUCUCAUGACAUGAUCAAAUCAUGUAGACAGGCUAAUGAGGGUGCGUCUAAUAAUGGUAAUAUCGAAACUUCAUUUGUGGUUGGUGAUGAAGAGUUUCUACCCAUGAAAGAAAGUUCGGUAGAUUUGGUGAUCAGUUGUCUGGGACUCCACUGGACGAAUGACCUUCCCGGAGCCAUGAUACAGUGUAAAUUGGCGUUGAAACCAGAUGGUCUAUUUUUGGCAGCGAUUCUAGGUGGAGAAACAUUGAAGGAGCUGAGAAUAGCCUGCACUGUGGCUCAGAUGGAGCGUGAAGGCGGCAUCAGCCCUCGAAUGUCACCUUUGGCUCAGGUUCGUGAUGCAGGCAACUUGUUGACCAGGGCAGGUUUCACUCUCCCUGGUGUGGAUGUUGAUGAGUACACAGUUAAGUACAGAAGUGCUCUAGAGCUGAUAGAUCAUUUGCGUGCAAUGGGAGAAACCAAUGCUCUUCUUCAACGAAGCAAUAUUCUGAAGAGAGAAACAGCAUUGGCGACUGCUGCAGUCUACGAAUCGAUGUUUGGCGCAGAAGAUGGCACCAUUCCGGCUACGUUCCAGGUUAUUUACAUGACAGGCUGGAAAGAGCACCAUUCUCAACAGAAGCCAAAAACGAGGGGAUCCGCCACUGUGUCUUUCCAGGACCUUCAUAAGCAUUUGGCUACUGAUCAAAGCUGAACUGAAGCCUCUUCUAGUCUUCUUCCAUUAAGCAAUUUGGUUAAAGCCUUCCAGUUCCGGCUUCUAAACCAGUAUUUAGAAAGAUUAUACUCUUUCAUGUUUAUUUUAUUCUGAAAACAUCCACUUCAAAAGCAAAUGUAUUAUCGAUAUGUCUGUCUUGUUUAUCAGAGGUAGAGUGCACAGAACAUAUGUACAAAAUAAUCAAAAGGUUUACGGUUUACCUAAUGCUAUGUGCAUCAAACAUCAA